UUCAACUGACGCCUGAGAAUCUGACCGAAAAGCAGCCUGACUGAAUUACGAAUUACUAACUAAUCAACCUCAAUCAAGUGAAAUAUCUAACUACAUCUCUACCUAGUGAAAAAAGUCGAACGGAAAUCCUACUUUUGGAAGAAUGAUGACGAAUUCAAGUGCUACACCGACUACUACCGCGGAUUGUAAUACGACGACGACGAUGACGACCCCUGUAAAUCUUCCCCCAUCUGGACGUGGCGAUGGUGACAACGCUGUUCCAAUUUGGACAUCCACCCCUCCGACCCCAUCCACACCAAGAGUUCAGUUUACCGGAACGGAGAUUGAUGAUCAUUUGGAUAAGUUGUUGGAAUGCCCGGUGUGCUAUGACGUCAUUUUGCCCCCAAUCAUCUCCUGCUGUCGGGGUCAUAGCUGUUGCGAAACGUGUCGGGCGUCGGUCCACAAAUGUCCGAUUUGUCGCGGUGAAUUUUCCAAUGUGCGGAACCUCUUUGCUGAACAGUUUCUGGAGAAGUGUCAAUUCAAGUGUAAGCAUGGGUGCACGGUCUGCCUUCCAGCCAAAGACUUGACAACACAUUACCAGACUGAAUGUUACUUCCGACCAAUUCUCUGCCGAGAAUGCGAUCGGAUGAUCCCAUUUGACGAUUUUCUCCAACAUAUUGAACUCGUGGACAAGUUGGAACGGCAAAAAGCUUCCGAGUGUAGUACUGGAUUUGAAAUUGAUGAGGCAGAUUUGGCUGCAAAUCCGGUAUCUCCCGUGGGACGAAGGGUGACGGUGUGGGAGCCGACUUGGAUGCAUUGUUACGGCGAAGACUAUUUUUGUUCUUUGGACUUUAAUGGGGAACAUUGGUGGAUUUGGGUCUCCUCUCUGAAUGAAAGUGGCAAGAAACACAAGAGCCAAAUAAUCCUUUGGAGCAAGCAGAAGGAGUCUGAGCACACUUACUUUGGAACAAUCCAUUCCAUCCGAACCAAACCGGAUGACGUCCUCCAGUCCGGAGAAUGUCUCAUCCUUACCGAGAAGACCGUCAAGAACUUCAUGUACUCGGGAGGAAUCGAUGUCCUGGUCCGGAUCGAGCAGAAAUACGUGGUUCCCAAGACGCGGCGUGGGGUCGAUGUGCAAUCUCCGCUAGAAAUCAUGAAGAGCCCUUCAAGCAGAACUCAACGGCUUCGGACGACUGGUCAACAAUCCUCCAAUCCAACGUCUGAUCGAGAUGAUCAGCUUGUUACCCCGACUCGUUCCACGUUCCGACCCUCAAGUCUGCGGUCAGAGAGCAGAAUUCCAAUACUGAAUCCUCCCCAGACCGGAAUUACAGCAGGAGGGGAAACUUCUGACGACGACGGCACCACGUCCAACACGGCUCGAAGAGUGCUGUUCAACGAUAUCACGACGAUACCGUCGAGAGGAGCGGGCGUGUCGGGGACGGCGGGCGACAUGCGGUUCCGAAUUGGGCGUGGGUAUCGACACCGGUACCAACUUCGAAGCCAACCCGAGACGGUCACCAUUCCAGAGGAAUGAUGGCAAACGGGACAUCGUAUUUCGUCGUAAAUCUGAUUAAAAUAUGGGGUUAAAAACUAAGUGAUUACCGUACAAGGUAGAAUUAGGGCCCUUAAAUAUGCAUGUAGCUUGAACUAACUAGUCUGAAUCAUUGCUAAAACUUGUAUAUAAAAUGUAAAUAUGUAUAUGACCAGGUAAGAAAAAUAUGAAAUUAAUGUCAAACUGUGCGUUCUGUAUGUGUAUCUAUCCGAAAAUAAAUUAUCGCAACUA